AUGCCAGCGUUUACCCCUGUUUCGUCGACUUCGGCAAAAAAAUCGUCGUUGGGUGUUGGCGGACCCACUGGGAACGGAAUAUAUUACCCAAAUGGGAACGGAUACAACCCGAACUAUGGUACAUCCUCAAACUACUCAUAUUCCACACAGUUGCUUGGUUCGGGAAAUCUAGGACCCAACGUGAUGUCCAGAGUGUUCAUGUCGUUCAGAUCCGGCAUUGAUUCGGAGAUUCGCUGGGCAUUGACCACCUUGUGUUCUCUUUCACUUUCACUGCCCAAUUUAAUAAACUUUGAAAAGUUUCCUGUACUCGGUAAUGAACUUAUUAAAUGGUUCACCAACCCUUUCCGUGGGUCCAAUGGUAAUCAGAUCAGUGAGAUGGAGCUCACAUUUGCUCUUGAUUCUGUGUUAACCUUGAGGAAUGCCUCACAAGACCUUAUUAACCAGCAAUGGUUAUCUCAAGUGAAAAACUUGAAGAAAACAAUAGUGACCGUGUUGAAACAGUUAGUAAAUUGGUUAUUGCUAGGCAAGGAUUUAUCUGUGAGUGUAUUACUGAACAUAAACAGAUACCACGAAGUCUUCGGAUACUUGUUAGACUUAGUGGAGACGUUGAGUUGCUACUGGGUUGACAACGGGAAGAACGAUGCUUUGUUCAAGGAAAUGUUGAUUAUUUUGGAAGAAUCAAAAGACAAGGGGGUUAUAUUAGGAGUAUUGAAGAGUUUGGGUAACUUAUUGAUCAUCAAGGGACAUUCAGCUGCUUUGGAAGAAGCUGCAACUGGUCUCAGCAGCGCCGCCGCGAGCGCCGAUGAUUCAAGCAGAGACCCUACCCCAAUUAAGCUGAAUUGUAUCGAUUCGAUCCCCAAAUCUACCCUCCACAAAAUAACACAGUAUCUCCUUUUAAAUGACUCUGAAUUAAAUUUCGCAAUAAUCCAAUUCCUCAAACAAUACCUUUCAUCAGAAGCACUUAAUGCCAGUUACCCAACGGUACAAGACUCCCAGCAAUACCGGUUAAACCAAUUAAUUGAAUCGAGUGAUUCCUUGAAGAUCUUAAUUCAAUCGCUUCCUCAGCUUAUUCUCCAAAGUCUUCCAUUAAACAUCCCCACUGAUAUCCCAAACCUUCCACCUACUAUAUUAAGCAGGAGGGCACUCCAUUCUAGUGUACCCACAAUUAUCCCAUCGCUUACGACGGAACUUUAUGACGUUAUAGUCAAGUUUCACGAACCAUUAAGAGCAUCUACAUGGCUCAGAUGCUGUUACGAGCCAGUAUACCAAGAAUAUAAUGUAGAUGACAAUUCAAAACAAUCAUCAGCAGCAGGAGGUGCUACGGGAGGUGUCCCAAUUCCUGGUGAAGUCACUCAAAUAUCGUUGUGGAAGGCUUAUGAAAAACAGUUUGAAAAGGUGUGGCAACCAUCCCAAGAGAAGGAUGUGAAAUAUCCCAAAUUGCUCCCAGCUGUAGACUUCAUUAAAAAUGUAAGUGCUGCUUUCCCACACUCUCAAGCCAUGGUGGUGAAUACUGAUGCAGUGGAUGGUGCACCUAAACGUAAAUUCAUAAUCAAGGGCAUCCAACCUAGACAGUUUGUGGUUAAUAUUGAUGUCGGGAACUACGAUGCUUUAAGACAAAAGCCUCUGGUGCAGUCACUUGAAAUUGAACAACAUUCGACAAAUUCUAGUUUACCUGUGGGACAUGUAGAUCAUGGGAAAUUCCACCAUAACUUGAAUGCUAUCAAUCUGAUUAUACUACAAGCUCAACAACAACAGCACCCAUUUGUUUUCAGAAAAGACCAAUUGCCAAUUUUGAACUUAAUCAGUAGCGAAUUGUUGGAAUAUGUUUUACUGAACACAACUGAAGAAGAUCUGGAACAUGCUCACGGUAUAUUCCGAUACGAAAAUUCAUGGAUGAAAGACUUAAUCUAUGCAAACCCGGGCUUGGUGGAUAGUGGGAUUUUGAAUGAGAAAUGGUUAGAAAUUCUUAUAUAA